CGCGCCAACGCCCUAUGAAGGACUGAAGAUGGAGAAGUUGACUGCCAUGGCCAAUGUGAUGUGUUCCCACUGUCAAACAACAGACCUUGUGUGUACACAGCUAUUCUGUGCCCCUGACCAGCUGAUGGUGGAUAUUACCAUGGCAAUACUGGAGAUGUUCUGUAUCUCCAUGGAAACACUUUUCCCAGAAUGCCACACGGAGUACUGCGAGAGUGCUGUUAAAAGGAGAGCUGCUGAUUUUCAAACAACUGAAACAGCAAGUGUCAUUGGAGGAUGUUACCCAACUCUUGAAUGGUCAGGAGUUUAUGGAAUGGACCAAUGGUGUUUGACCAACUGCAAGUCUGGAACCAAUGAUGACUCAUGUCCAAUAACACAUUGUGUAUGUCAAACUGGGACAACAGAUGGUACUGCCACAGACCCCACAGGUGCCACAGGGGCUGGUCUUGGUGACACAUGUCUAAGCUGGGAGGCGUCCUCCAUCUACAGAGCAGUGGCAGGAAUGGAUGCUUGGUGUGAGAGUGUUUGUAGCCAAGGAGGGAGCUGUCCAUCCACUCACUGCGCGUGCGCUGAAACACUACAGAAAACCACAACAACAGAACCUACCACAACAACAGCAGCACCAACAACAACCUUUACAAGUAAAACAACAACAGUGACACCGGCCACAACGACAUCGGCCUCUACAGCAUCAUCAACAACAGCACCCGCAUCAUCGUCAUCAUCAACGACUUCCACUACAACAGCAGCCACUACAACAGCAGCCACUACAACAGCAGCUACUACAACAGCAGCCACAACAACACCUACAACUACAGAAUCUACAACUGCUUCACCACCAUCUUCAACGGAAUCGUCAACAGAAUCAUCAACAACAUCAUCAUCUAGCACAAUAACAUCAACAACUAGCACAGGAGCUCAAACAAGCACCAGACCCUUGUCAACGACAGCGGAAACUCUUACAACACUACCACCAUCAACCACUGUAACAAUAGCAACAACUACAGAACAAUCACAAGCUAAUAUAACAGAUGGGAGUUCGGAGGGGGUGGUGCAUGCUGUGAUGUGUGACCACGCCCAGUCACUGGGUCAGAACAUUCUUACCAACAAACAUUGUCCAUAUGCGGAGGUACCAGCAACAUCAGGUUAUACAGGCGAUAUCAUAGGGCAGGUGCUUGGUUUCGCUCCGAAGGUGUUAUGCAGUUUUGCCUCGGCAUCAAGACCCUCCAAACAGUGUUCUCACAUGUUCUGUGGUGAAAGCCCACUGGCUGUUGGGAUGAUACAGGCCAGUCUAUGUCGGGUGUGUGCGGACUUCAGCCAGAUCCUGGGACCAGACUGUGCAGCAGCUUAUUGCUAACAUUUUACAUAAGAGAACACUGGGGCUAUCUUAUCAAUGUGUGAACCACAAAAUAUUUUAAGAUCAUGAAAUUCAGUUUAAUACUAUGUCAGUGUUACGAAGAAAGCUGAAAGUUUUGCUUGAAAACUAAUUAAACACUGUUUGAACUCACAAAUACAACUUAAUGCCUUUGAGAAUAAGUCAUAAAUUAUAGACAAUAUUGAUUCGAAUAAGCGAUUGUACAAUGAUGGCCCCACUACUCGCACUUGCUGAAAUACUUUACCACAUGACUACUUAUUGUAUUCUAAAUACAGGAGCCAUAUUUAUUAUAAAUCUCACUCUUAUCCUUAGUGAUGUACCUCAGUGGCUUAAAGGCCGGGGUAAUAGUAUAAAAGGCAGACAGUCAGAAAAAUGGCCACUUGAUUUGACCUCACAGAGCUGUCUGCUAGUACAGAUUGCCAGUACAUUUGUUCAAAUAUACAAAUAAUUAACAAACAAAAAAAGCUAAAAUAUGCAAGAUGGUUUAUUAAAUGUAUCAAAAACAUAUAUUGUGAAUUUCAAGUCUCUCAAACAGUUAUAAAUACCACUUUCAAAUAUUUUUUUACAACUGUCAAACAAAUUCAAAUUUCCCAGCAAUGUUGAUUGACAGAUCUUGAAAGUUCAUGACCCUUUAACAGCCA